ACCGAGCCCUCCAGACCGGGGAAGACCGCGGAAGGCCGCGGAGACCAGGGCGCCGCGUUGUGACGCUACUUCCGGUCGACCUGGGGUUAGGCGAUUGGCGGCUGCCGGGAGGCGCUGCCAAGCCUGGGCCGGCACCGGGGCCGGGCUCGGGGUCUGGGAUUGGCAGGAGGCGCUGACAGGUCGGGGAGGGCAGGCCGCCGGCACGGCUGAGCAAUGGCUACGGCGGCCGCGGGCCGGCUUCUGGGCGCCUGGGCGCUGCUGGCUCAGCUGCUGGGACUGGGACUACUGGGCCCGGGCCCAGCCGCAGCGCUGCACAACGUCACGGGCGAGCUGUUUGGCCCCGAGGCCUGGGGGACCGUGGCCGCCUUCGGGGACUUCAACUCGGACAAGCAGACGGACCUGUUCGUGCUGCGGGAAAGAAAUGAUUUAAUCAUCUUUCUGGCAGACCAGAAGGAACCCUAUUUUAAACCCAAAGUAACGCUAUCCAUGAAGAAUCAAAGUUCAUUGAUAACAAGUGUAGUUCCUGGUGACUAUGAUGGAGAUUCACAAAUGGAUGUCCUCUUAACAUAUCUCCCCAUAAAUCAUGCCAACGAUGAGUUAUUAGUUGUUAUCUUCUGGGGACAAAAUCAAACAUUAAAUCCUCACAAUAAGACUAUUUUCAAUAGGACAUUUUAUGAUGAACCACUAAUUAUGGACUUCAAUGGUGAUUUAAUCCCUGAUAUUUUUGGUGUCACAAAUGUAUCUAGCCAACCACAGAUACUGAUGGGCGGGAAUUUAUCAUGGCAUCCCGUACUGAAUGCUCAAAGUAAAAUGCGAAAACCACACUCUCAUGCAUUCAUUGAUCUGAAUAAAGAUUUUACUGCAGAUUUGUUCCUUACUACAGAAUCAAGUUCCAGUACCUUUCAGUUUGAAAUAUGGGAAAAUAAGGAUGGAAAUUUUUCUUCUGCCAGUUACAUAAUUCAGAAACCCCAAAACAUGAAGCUGGUUGGUCAGUCAGCAUUUGCAGACUUUGAUGGAGAUGGACAAACUGAUCACUUAUUGCCAGGCUGUGAAGAUGAAAAUUGCCAGAGAAGUGCCAUCUACUUAGCUAAACCAGGAAUGAUGAAUCAGUCUCAGUGGAUUCCAGUGAUCCAAGAUUUCAGUUACAAGGGCACAGUCUGGGGCUUUGUGCCAUUUAAUCAUGAACAGCUACCAGCUGAAAUAUCCAUUCCAAUUACCCUUCACAUUGGAGACUACAACAUGGAUGGCUAUCCAGAUGCUCUUGCCAUACUAAGGAAUACAUCUGGAAGCAACCAGCAAGCCUUUUUACUAGAAAACGCCCCCUGCAAUAAUGCAAGCUGUGAGAAGGCUGGUCGUAUGUUUAAAGUCUACUGGGAGCUAUCGGAUCUUAGUCAAAUCAAAGACGCUGUGAUUGCAACCUUCUUUGACAUUUAUGAAGAUGGUAUCUUAGACAUCAUUGUUCUAAGUAAAGGUUAUACAAAGAAUGAUUUUGCCAUCCACACACUAAAAAAUAACUUUGAAGCAGAUGCCUAUUUUGUCAAAGUGAUUGUUCUUAGUGGUCUCUGUUCCAAUGACUGCCCUCGUAAAAUAACAAGUAAUUCCAGCAUGCCACAAAGUGUCAUCACACUAAGUAAGACUCUGAAUAGUAAACCUCCUCCCUCCAGCAAAAAAAGCUGGUGUACUGCAAAUUUAUUUACUACUAAGCCCUUUGGAGUGAAUCAGCCUGGACCUUAUAUCAUGUACACAACUGUAGAUGCAAAUGGAUAUCUGAAAAAUGGUUCAGCUGGGCAACUCAGCCAGUCAGCACAUUUAUCUCUUCAGUUGCCUUAUAAUGUACUGGGUUUAGGUCGAAGUGCGAAUUUUCUUGAUCACCUUUAUGUUGGCAUUCCUCGUCCAUUAGGAGAAAAGGCUAUACGAAAACAAGAGUGGACUGCAAUCAUUCCCAACUCCCAACUCAUCGUCAUUCCAUAUCCACACAAUGUUCCUCGGAGCUGGAGUGCUAAACUGUAUCUGACCCCAAGUAACAUCGUACUGCUCACUGCUAUAGCUCUCAUCGGUGUCUGUGUUUUUAUCUUGGCAAUAAUUGGCAUAUUACAUUGGCAGGAAAAGAAAGCAGAUGACAGAGAAAAACGCCAGGAAGCUCAUCGGUUUCACUUUGAUGCUAUGUGACCUGCCCUAAGUAUGUAAUAAUGAAGCUGUUGUUCAUUUGCUUAAUCAAAAUACUAACUGCUAGCUUGAAGAAGAGAAUUGGAAGAGGGCUAUUUUGAAUGAUCUAUUUAUAAAUAUUGCAUUUCUUAGUAUUUAUUUGGUUAAGUAUUAAGGUGUAAAUGUGUCACAAGGUUUUUUUGGUAAGCACUUUGUAUGGGAUAAAUUUUUGGUCUCCGUUAAAUAAAAGUUGUACUUUUUUUUCAUGGUCAGGGUCCUACUGCAUGUACUGUGCUAUUUAUAAACUGAACAUCUUCCAAAAAUAAUGACAGAAAAGGCAUCAUGUGUAAAUAAAAAUAAUUUAAAUGAGUA